CAAUCAACAAGAAGAGCUGUCAUAUACUAGAAAAUGACACAAAAUGUUACGAUAUUUUUAUUUACUUAGUUUGAUAAUUUAUAUUGAUGAGUCAGCAUGUUAUGGUCAUGAUAGAUCUUUGAGAUUCAAGCCUAAACAUUUUAGCAAACGUUUGCUGAAAUCGGAAAAUUCAAAUAUAGGAAAUGAUCAUGUUUUUAAAAGACGUCAAGGAUAUGGAGCGCAGAACGAGAAUGAUCUAACACAAAUCGAUGUGGCAAGCUUUAUCCAAAAACCAGAUUCGUAUGCCGAUGACGAUAGACUGCUUUCCCAGUCAUAUGAUUUUAAAAGCCAACCGAAGCGCUUUACUGACUAUGAAGACAUAUCGAAAAUCAUGAGGAAUAUGAAUAUAAUGAAUGAUAAUCCGAAUACUAAUCUUGAUAAAAGACCCAAUUCAUAUUCACGUAUGGAUUAUAUUAAUUAUCAAGACUUAGAUUUAACUCCAAAGAGUGAAAAUACAAAUUAUCCGCCAAUAUAUCACGAACCGCCCAAAAAAAGUGAUGAUAAUUCUCUUUUUAGAUGCCACUGGAAGAACACUCUUAAGUUUCCGUUUUUUUUCCAUAGAGACAAUAUUCCACUCAUAAACAUAUUGAACGGUCCAAAGAAAAAGGAUCACCUGUUCUCAACCACAGCGGAGCCUCGUAAAUAUUAUGGAAACAAUAUAUUAAACUUACCACAGAAAGGAAAAAAGAAACGUGCUAAUAAAGAAACAAAUAACUUAAAACAUAAUAAAAAUGAAAAAACCAAAGCAAAAAAUGACAAACGAGGCUUUAGCCAAUUAAUACAUAACAGUCGACAAUAUUAUCAGAAUCUAAUGAGCACCAGUUACGCUAAAAGUAAAAAUGAUUUAAAGAAAUCUCAGUGUUCAAUACAGGCGAACUCUGUUCAAGAAACUCAAAGUACAAAGUGCAUCAGUGGAGAUGACAAAAAAAUAUCAAGGAAAAGAAAAGGCAGUAUUCAUAGAAAAAAGAUCAAUAAAAAGAAAAUAGCUGUAGAAGAAAACAACGGGUACUCGUCCUCAAACUAAAUUAUCACCCAAUCAUUAAGCUCACUUUAAUUUUGAUUGAUAGAAUUUAUAUAAAUAGAGUUUUACAUUUUCA